AUGAUUGAGCAUGAGAAUAAUCGCGCACAAAUGGUGAAGAUGCGCAUGCUACGCGAGUACAACAUUAAGGUGAUCGACAAGUGGUUAUCCGAAUGUGUGUCCUUCUGUCUGGCGGAAAAUCCGAAAAUAUCCAACGAAGGCCUGUUCCAGUUUGCGUUCAGUCAGUGGCUGUUGGCUGAUUUGAAUGAGGUUGGCAUCGCAGUGCUGCCUCCGGGGAUGGACGUGAAAGUGGAACAACACACAAUGAACGGAUCGUUCCCGGUUCAGAUGCAGUAUUUGAUUGAUAUCUCUGAACCUGCAUAUGACCAAUGGCGAGCUUUAUACAACAAAAAGCUGGAUGAGGCCGAUGAUGAGGUGCUGAUGAGAAAAAAUCAGGCACCCAACGUAAAGAAACGAAGAAUGUUGAAACUCGAACUGACGGACGGGAAGCAAACGGUACUAGCGAUGGAACACAGCCCAAUCAAUUGCUUAAACACAAAGCUAACGCCCGGCUUGAAACUGCUCCUAACCGGACCGAUGCGAUGCGUGAACAAAGUAAUCUUUCUCGAGCCACGGAACGUUCGUGUGCUCGGUGGAGAGGUGGACGUGUUGCUGAUAACAAAUGCGUACGAAAAUGUGCUACUUCGUGUGUUGAACAAACCGGCUAACCCCAAUCCAAAGUUGGAUUACGAAGAAAUCGAAGUAUCGGAUGCUAGAAAUCGUCCAAAUCACAGAACAAUCCAAUCCAUCCCAAUGCCACAGAAUACAGCCUGUCCGGAGCGGAAAGGAAAUCAAAGGAAAUCACCCGCCGUGGCCGAGGAUGACGAUGAUUCUUUGCUGAUGGGAAUCGAUUUGGAUGUGAUUGAAGCAACUCAGCCAAAACCGGACCAAGUACCGACAGUCAGCACACUGAUGGACGAUGAUGAUAUGGAUGACAUUGUGCAGCUGGUGGAUGUUCGCAAUGAACCGGAAAUUAUGCAUCAACAGGUAUCCUCCACCAAACAUUCACAAUCAUCUCCAUUUGGGAGAGAAAUUACUACUGCGCCUAUUCGCAAGGCGUCUAAGCCAACGUUCGAUGGACUAAUUGAGGAUGAUAUCGAUAUGAUGAACUCUUUGGAGAAUGAAAUCCGCAAUGAGAUGAGAACGUACGAAACGCGCCCAGCACCUGAUGAGAAGCCGAAUGAAAUAGAUCCACCAAAGGCAAAAAAAUCUAGAUCGUCUGAUGAGUAUCGAGCUGCACAGCAAGAUGAGACACCAAAGGACUCACUCAUAGCACGACAACCGACAGCUUCAUGCAAUAGUUACUCAUCCAGCGUUGGAAAGGAACACCCAGAACCACAACCUUCUACCAGUAAAAAGUUUAACCAGUUUAACACUUCGAAUCUGUUCGAGGACAGUAUGGACUGCACGGAAGAGGUAGGGUUUGCUGGCGAACCAACCAUGUUCAAAAUACUUUCGCCCAACUAUAAGUAUCGAAUCGACGGCACAAGUUUAGUAACAGUCGAGCAAAUAAUGUCACUGCCGGAAGCGUACCGCGUCGACACUAGUUUCGUGGUGUACUGUGAAGUGGAGAGCGUCCCUGAACAACCCCGUAUUCGCAAAGAACAAUGGCACCUCAGCAUCGAGCUAACGGAUCACUCGAAUGUGUGUCUGCCGGUUCGGUUGCACGAUAGCGUCAUCAGCAAAAUGGCACGGCACAAUGCAGCUGAAUUGAUGCGAAUGCGCAAAACGGAUCGUGAAGGUGUGAUGAAGCUGCUCGAAUCGAUAUUGCAGGAUUUUAAGGAACUGUUGCAGGAGAUCAAAUGUUUCUGGCGGAUAGUUUACCAAGCCGAUCGCGAGUCUUCCGAGCCACCGGUGGUGAUGGAAACGUACGAAAUGAACGAACAACGGGGAGCAAUUUUACUGGAUAAGAUUAUUCAGGAGAACUGUAGUCAAUUAAGAAAAAUGUUAUAG